GCCGGCCUGUGUUUGCACGCAUGGGCGGAUCCGGGAUCCGUCAGUUGUUCCAGCCUGUCUCUCUCCUCGCACCUUCCCCGCGGCCACACCUCUGUCAGCCCCGCCGCAGCGCCUACACAAAACGGCCGAGAGGAGAACAAGUGCUACCGCCAAGGGGGACAUCCGCAGCAACCUCUAUGAAGACGUCCCGUCUACGGGGAUAAAGGAGCUAGACCAGCGGUGCUUCAGGGUUCCGGGGCAGUGGAUUUAAAGCCAUCAUGGCGAUCGUAGACUUUAUAUUUAUUUCAGUUGCCCUCCUGAGUGGCGCACAAAGUAUACGAAUGCCGAGUGUCAUCAGUGACGCUCCGAAACUCCUGUUGCUGUCGUUUGACGGCUUCCGGUAUGACUACCUCGACCGACCUCUCCUCAAGCCAAACUUCGACUUUGCCAUUAACAAGGGCGUGCGGGCCAAAUACAUGAAGUCCACCUUUGCCACAAAAACGGACCCGAAUCACAUGACUAUGGUAACCGGACUGUGGGAGGAAAGUCACGGGGUCGUCUCCAACAAGAUGUACGACCCGAAAUAUCGCGAGAUCUUCUGGAUGAACAGUUCGGAUCCCAAGUGGUGGGACGGAGACGGGAAAGUCGAGCCGAUCUGGAUCACGAACGAGCGGAAGGAGGGCCGGUACAGCGGGGUGGUGAACUGGCCCGGCGGGGAUGUCAAGUACGGAGGCCGACUCCCCACCUACUCCACCGGACCCUAUAACAGGAGUAUCCCUUAUACCGACAGGAUAGACGCCAUGGUCAGGUGGUUCCUGGACGACGAGAAGCCCAUGAACUUGGGCCUGUUGUUUUUUGAGGAGCCUGACCGCUCGGGGCAUCUGUACGGCCCCGACUCCGCGCAGGUGAACGACGCCAUCAUGAUGAUAGACGACACCGUGGGGUACCUGGUCAGCGCGCUGAAGGAGGCGGAUAUCUACGAUAAGGUGAACAUCAUCCUGACGAGUGACCACGGCAUGGUAGAGGUGUCCCCCACACGUGUGAUCGAGCUGAACAGAUACAUCAAGCCUGAGUGGUACAUCUGGGUGGACGACUCGCCAGUCUCGGCCAUACUGCCCAAAAGAGGCAAGGAGGAGCAGAUCUACAAGAAGCUGAGAAGCGCGCACGUGAGGAUGAAGGUGUUCAAGAAGAAAGACAUUCCGAAGCAGUGGCACUACAGGAACAACCGCCGCAUCAUGCCCAUCAUAGCUGUGGCUGACGACGGCUGGAGCAUCGUGCAGAACUUCACUCAGAACACGUUUACUAUCAAAGGUAACCAUGGUUACAACAACAGCAUCAUCAAGAUGAGCGCGCUCUUCAUCGCCUUCGGACCGGCGUUCGAGGAGGGCCUGACCUCCAAACCCUUCAGUAACGUUGACCUCUACCCGCUCAUGUGCAAGAUCUUGGACUUCGAGCCCAGACCCAACAACGGAUCUUUGGAGACGGUGAAACACAUCCUGUUCGACUAUGACUCCAUGGCGUCUAAAGGGACAGGUAUCGCUGUUUUUUGCACCCUGUUGCUGGUGGUGGCGCUCAUGGCCGGUGGCUACUACGCUUGGCAACGUCACUACGGACAUAAGGAAGAACCAAUCGUGGGCGAGUACGUCAACCUGGACGAGACCAACCCACAACAGGGGGGUGGCGGCGGUGUGCCGUACGAACAGCAGGAACAACACCUAAACCUGAAGAAUCAGACCAAGGCGUCUUACGGACAAGAGCAUGGCUACGGAGGAACGCAAUAAGUCUAAAGAACUCUCAAUAGGCAAUGUUACUCUUUCCCAAACCAACGGGCUGCCGACGUUACAGGGGACCUACGUCAUUACCGUCUGCAUUUAACGUGUUCUAGCCACAGAUUGGGUUCGAACGUGAAUCUGACCUGCUACAAUGCGUUCUGAUAUUGGAACGCGUUCGAAAAUGUGUCUAGUGACUUGUUAGAACGGUUUCGAACAUUGAAACGCGAUGGAACAUCUAUGCUAAACGCAUUUGAACGCUGACGGAUAUGACGUACACCGCUCGUGACGUAAGCAACUUGGUGGUCUGCGACAGUCUGAACUCGUCUAUUUAUAUCAUCUCUGCAUUCUUUACAUCUGUGCAAUAAUUUUGUGUGAAAAUGAUUCAUUAUAUCAUCCUUAUUUUCAUCAUCAGUGAUACUAUAGGUGCUUUUUUACCCUUACGGUAUGAACACGAGUGAAAAAGUCCGACGAUCUGAGACCAAGUAAGGAAAGAACUUAACCCAAACCUGUGCUACCAAGCUCACCGAUUCAUUCACGGGUCAUGUGAUAGAAUGGAGGCGUUCUGUGUCUCCCCUACUGGUCUCCUCCAUGUGCAGUUUGCAUAGAGGCGAAUACAGUCAUAUAGUUACCUUUUAUUUCAACAUGCACUAGUCUCCAGUAUGUGACAAUCACGCAGUCUCUCUAGACGUAUAACGAUAGGUGAUGUCUGGUAACGUUUGAAAGUUGUGAUGUCGUAAGGUCUUGACGUCGUCAAGGUCGCGUUGUGAGUAAUUCUCUCUGUACGGACGUUAAUAAUCUAUAUUUUUGACGUCAAAAAUCACGUGUAUAUUCAAGAGUGAGUAUAGUAAAACAUAUCAAUAUAUGACACAAGCUAUUCAGACCUGUAGCUGGAGUAAAGGUAGUAGAAUAUUGUCGAUCGACACGACUGUACGUUAUUCAUGAUUGAUUGUGCGUAUUCAAAUAAACUGCUAACUUUUGCUAGACGCUGUGACGUGUGGGUAGAAUCAAGGUUACGAAGACAGUGAGCUUUAUGACUUUUAUGAUUAUUCUGUCGCCGCUGCUAUACACACAGAUGCGAAAUUCUUCUGCAAUUAAUAUUCUUGUUGUGCAAUAAAUGAUCUGUAUCUUGA